CGAACGCCCGCGAACAUCAAACCUUCUUUUUUUCACUUUAAAAAAUAUGUUGGCCAACACUUUGAAAAGAACGCUUGCUUCUCAACGUAGCAUUGUAUCAAUUGCUGCCAAGCGAACAGCUGUUCCUGCUACGUAUCGUGCCUUUGCAAAGCAUGCCGUGCAGCAACAGCAGGCUGCCGCUGCCGAACCUACAGUGACCACCCCUUCUGAAGAUUCACAUGGAUUCGAAACUUCAAUGAAAUCACCAACAGGACGACCCAUUUAUCUUGACGUCCAAGCAACAAGUCCUAUGGAUCCCCGUGUUUUGGACGCAAUGAUGCCAUACUUUACUGAAAACUAUGGUAAUCCUCACUCAAGAACUCACCAGUACGGUUGGGAGACGGAAACCGCUGUUGAAACUGCCCGUGCAGAAGUAGCCAAGUUGAUCGGUGCUGAUCCCAAAGAAAUCAUUUUCACCUCUGGUGCUACUGAAUCAAAUAACUUGAGUUUAAAGGGUGUCGCACGAUUCUACAAGAACAAGAAGCGCCAUAUCAUCACAACUCAAAUCGAACACAAAUGUGUAUUAGAAUCGUGCCGUGAGCUUCAAGAGGAAGGAUUCGAAGUGACAUAUCUGCCUGUACAAAGCAACGGUAUUGUGGAUCUCAAGGAAUUAGAAGCGGCCAUGCGACCUGAUACGGGCAUCGUGUCCAUCAUGAUGGUUAACAAUGAGAUUGGUGUGGCACAACCCGUUUCUGAAAUUGGCAAGCUGUGUCGGUCAAAGAAGGUGUUUUUCCACUCGGAUGUGGCGCAAGCUGCUGGUAAAAUCCCUAUCGAUGUCAAUGCUAUGAAUAUUGAUCUUGCAAGUAUCUCGGGCCACAAACUGUAUGGUCCCAAGGGUGUUGGUGCCAUCUAUGUCCGCCGUCGACCCCGUGUCCGUCUGCAGGCCAUUAUGAGCGGUGGUGGUCAGGAACGUGGUAUUCGUAGCGGCACUGUUCCUGCACCUUUGGUUGUCGGUUUGGGUGAAGCAUGCCGAAUUUCCAAGGAAGAAAUGGAGUAUGAUCAUGCACGGAUUUCAAGUUUAGCCGAUCGGUUAAUCACUGGUAUCCAAAGCAACGUCGAUGCUGUCACACGCAAUGGCGACCCAGAGCAAUCAUAUCCAGGUUGUGUGAACUUGUCAUUCGCAUAUGUCGAGGGUGAGUCCUUGUUGAUGGCUCUGAAGGAUAUUGCCUUGUCCUCCGGUUCCGCAUGUACCUCGGCUUCGCUUGAACCCUCCUACGUGCUGCGCGCUUUGGGAGCAGAUGACGAAACCGCUCACAGCUCUAUCCGAUUCGGUAUUGGUCGAUUUACAACCGAAGAAGAGAUCGACUUUGUCAUCAACAAGGUUUCCCAACAUGUACAAACGCUGCGAGACAUGUCACCCUUGUGGGAGAUGGUAAGUUUGAGUAGUAAAAGUAUUGAAGUUGUCUUGUUUUUAAGAAUUAGUUGACUUAACGCGAUGUCUGUUAAUAGGUUCAAGAGGGUAUCGACUUGAAGUCUAUCCAAUGGGCACAGCAUUAAGCAUUUUUCUUUUGUUAAAAGAGCAGACAUUUUACGUAUAUUUAACUGGAGGAGACGCAGUACUGGUAGUAAUGGUGGUCUUGUUGUAAUAAAUCAUUCCCCUACCCCCAUCACACACACACACAUUAACAAUAAAAAACACUUGGUCCAAAUUCGAUUAAGAUACGUAUAAAGUUUAAG